AUCGCCAGCCGGCCGGGUGCCCGCGGGGCGGGGCCUCCCUCCCUCCGCUGCCCAGCGCUCCUGGCCGGCGUGGGGAGGUCGCCGGGACGCCUUGCGUACGUCCGUGCCGCACAUCCCGACGCGCUACGUUGCCGGCGUCGCCUUUUGCGCGUCAUGACUUCCGGGCACCGAGGUCGCCAUCUUCCUCGCGCGGAAGCGGCGCCGCUGGGUGGGAGCUUGGAGGCGGGAGUCGCGGACGGUGCGGCUACCGCCAUGCCGUCGUCGCCGUUGCGGGUGGCGGUGGUGUGCUCGAGCAACCAGAACCGGAGCAUGGAGGCGCACAACAUCCUCAGCAAACGAGGGUUCAGCGUACGGUCCUUCGGGACAGGGACUCACGUGAAGCUCCCGGGACCAGCGCCCGACAAGCCGAACGUCUACGAUUUCAGAACCACGUACGACCAGAUGUACAACGACCUCCUCAGGAAGGACAAAGAACUCUACACGCAGAAUGGCAUUUUGCACAUGUUGGACAGAAACAAGAGAAUCAAGCCCCGGCCAGAAAGGUUCCAGAACUGCAAAGACCUGUUUGACCUGAUCCUUACCUGUGAAGAGCGGGUGUACGACCAGGUGGUGGAAGAUCUGAAUUCCAGGGAGCAGGAGACCUGCCAGCCCGUGCACGUGAUCAACGUGGACAUCCAGGACAACCACGAGGAGGCCACGCUGGGGGCCUUCCUCAUCUGUGAGCUCUGCCAGUGCAUUCAGCACACAGAGGACAUGGAGAACGAGAUCGAUGAGCUGCUGCAGGAGUUCGAGGAGAAGAGUGGCCGGGCCUUCCUGCACACAGUCUGCUUCUACUGAGCCCGCGCCCGCCGCCCCCGCCGCCCGGAGUCGCCCCUGGGCUGCCCUCCGCUCCUCCGCCGUCCUCUGGCCUUGUCUCCCUCGAGUGCCGCUGGCGGACGGGGGCGGUUCCCUCACAAACUGUGCCCAUGAAACGAGAAGAUAGACACAAAUGCCAGAUGCAAAACAAUCAGGUUUCUUCUGUCCUGCUCUUACUCCUAAGUGGGAUGUUGAUUAUCGAGUUUUUGUCUUUAACCAAAAAAGAGAAAAACGGUUCAUCGCACAUCCCCCUGAAUGCCUGCCGCUCACGGACCGUCCCUCACUGGCUGGAAUGUGCAAAUCCAUGAAUAAAGCAACAGGCUGGACUUGG